UCACAACAAACGCCGCCGGUUGAAUUUUGUUUUUGUUUGAAACUUCCUUCCAACGGCUUUGCCGUGCUGUGUUGAAAAAGUUUUUUUUGUUGAGUUUUGUGCAAAAUUUUAGCAGCAAAAUGACUCUUGUUAUAAACCACGAUAUGCUUGCCAAGUUGUCCCACGAAAUUCAGGAGAUUCGCGUGCGAACUUUGCACGACAUCGAGAACAAGGUGAAGCGCGCCCUGUGGGAGCGGCACGAGCUCAAGUUUAGCCCCAGCUCGCUGGUCAAGAAUCUGAUCCGCUGGUUCGGGAAGGUUCCCCUCUGCGAGGAGGCAGCCGUGCUGGAGUUGAUGUCGCUGCUGUUGACGAGCCACCACGGUCUCGAAAUCGUCAACCACUUCACCACCAGCCGCCUGGUCAAAGAACUCGGCAAGGUAAAAUACCUCAUCGGUGCCAAACCCGAACUUUCCGAGCUGGUCGACAACGUGAUUCAGCAAGUGCAAAGCUUCAAAGCCGUCGAACGUGGACCACGAUCCGAUCCGGCCGCCAGCAUCGCCGAAAGUUUGGCCAGCCUCAAAAUCGAGUGCGUCGACCUGACGGACUCGCCCCGGCAGUCCGUGAGUCCCCACGUGCCGACGGGUUCCGCGUAUCCUCCACAGGGGAGAAGUUUAAAUUACUUUGUGCGGUGUUGGGAGAUUCCGCUGCCCUCGGAUGGGCAGAUCUUGAAGGGGCUGAGUGAAUCGCUGCAUCCGGAGGGGGAUGAAAAGGAAAUCGCGCGUGCGUUGAACUUUUUGGUGCCGUCGAUCAACGAUUAUCCGCCGGAGUUUUUUCUGCAACCGCCGUACAUUUUUCACUCGUUGAUGAAGCUGCUCGAUGCGAGGAGGGUCAGCAUGAGCAACACUAUUGAACUGUUCCACCGGUUGGCGAUCGCGGUUCAGAAGAGGAUUAAAGCGCUUCAACUGACCAGCAUGUACACGUAUCAGGAUCCAAAGAGCGAAUGUGCCCAAGAGUCGCAAGUCGUCCAGAUUUCCGUUCCCGCCUUUGUGCACGAGCUGUUCAUGGUUGGAAUUGGUUGUCUGAAGGAGGUGUCCGACCAGCUCGACCUUCAGGAAACCAACAAAACGUUCAACCUCUUUCACGAUCUCAUUACGUUGGCCUCUAGCGAACCCCUAGAAAGCUGCCAGUACCGUGAAAUCCGCCACGAACUCGGCUACCUGGUGAAGCACUUCCGGCAGUGUUGGGAGUCCAACAGCGGCUGCUUCGCCACUCGCACCAAGUACCUCGUCACGGUCAACAUCUUCUCCAAGUUUCUCCAACUGUCAACCGACGACGAAUCCCCAACCACCGAGCUCAACGCCAACGACACCUGCUUCCCGCACAAACCGCACUACAACCCAGCCGAAUUCGAAACCAUGAACUCGACCAACCACCGCAAGCUGCUCGAAGAAACCGACCAAAACUGGCUGCACGAGCUUCAGAUAGCCGCUCUGGACUAUCCGGCGCGCCACAUCUACCCCUCGAUCUACGAACCGGUGCUGGAGAAGGCACUCAAGUGCUCGGACAGUCGCCGCCUGCAGGUGAUUCUCGGAGCGGACGAGCUGCUGGAGCCGGCUGUGCGGAUUCUGCGCCAACCGACGGCGCUGACCGAUGAGGAGUUGAUUUUCGUGGGGUUGGAAGCGAUCGAUACGCUGCAUCUGCACCGGUCCGUUGCGAUGGUGAAGCUGCUGGUGAAGGCGGUGGGGAAGUGUCAAAUUUACUUUGAGGGCAACCUGAAGCUUCGUGAUGCCGCUGAAAAGCUUGUGCUGAGGCUGUUGUCGCACUCGGAUGAGCAGGUCAAAAGCACCGCCUACGACCAGUGCGCCGCCGUAAUCGGCGACUACAUCAGCUCGCUGGACGAGGGCGCCAUCCUCACCCGCCGCAAGUCCUUCCCCAAAACCAGCAGCAGCAGCAGCAAACUGUCCUCACUGGGAAUUCCACUCUCCGUGGAGAUCCUGGUCGAGGUCAUCUGCUUCGGCUAUUGUAGCACCAACAAGAAGAUCCAACAGCAAGCGGAAACCAUCCUGCUGUUUGUGCUCAACUCGCGGGUCAACUUGCUCGAACGAUGGACCGACCUGCUGGACGUGAUCUUGCCUGUGCUUCCGCUGCUGCAAACCGUGGCCAUGAUCAGCAAACACUCGACGCUGUCGCGCGCGAUCAUUACGUUGCUCCAUCCGGAUUCCGGGAUUCCGCUGCCGGACAUGAUUCGGGGGAACUUGCGCUUUUUGUUCCAGGACGACGGGGAGAUUCGGGAAGAGGCGUUGACGCGGGUUCUGUUUUUGAUGACGCUUCCGGGGAAUGCUCGGCAGUACGCGCCAAACAUCGAGCACAUACGGGAUACGAUCUCCAAUGGGAUUUGCGUGAUGAAGAGCAAGUACGACGUCGGGAAACAUCUGUCGUCGGACGUGUACGAGGUUAGUGCGGUGCGGCCGCUGUUGGAUGCGCUCGAGCAGGAAAACUGCGAUCCGGCGAUUCGACGCAGCGCGUUGGUUCAGUUGAACGUGAUGGCCGAGGAUCCGAUCUUGUGCGAGAUCAUUCACAAGGCGAACGGGUGGGCGUUUGUGCUGCAGGUGUUGGACAAUGCCAUGAGGGAGGAGCACUACUUGGAUUAUCCGGACAGUGCCGUUCCGGCGGUUGGAAUCUUGAACAAGUUGUGCUUUGCGAUCCCGGAGUUUCGGCGGUUCUUGGCGGAUAACGUGAGCGUGUACUACUUGAUCACGCGGGCGUUGUUGACGUACCAUCAUCUGAACAUCUUCAAGCCGGACUGUUGCUCGCUACUGUUUCAAUUGUUGUUCAGCGAUUACGCUCUUGGGUGUGGAAAAUCGGUAUCGUUACCGGUGAUCUGCAACCGGUACCGAAUCCCGUUCGUCUGCGAGUACCACUGGAAGUGCAGUCCAUUUCACGAGCUCAGCUACCUGGAGGAGAUCUUCGUUGACGUUCAACCUGGCGGUGAAGAUCGUCCCGUUGAGGGUGCCAGUAUCAUCCGUUUGAACCAAAAUUGCGGAGUUGAGUGUGCGACAUCUCGACUUCGAACCACACAACCAGAACAACCCAGCCUCAACCAAACCUCUGAGACGUUUGCUAGCCCAGAAGGUUACCGCCAGGUCGCGUGGCAAUACCUUCGCCUCUCCUUUGCCUGCACCUGGUUCGACGCGUUCGAAAACAUCCUGGUGAACGCGAAACGAUCGCGAAAAUCUCCCAAAUCCGGCGGUGAAGAUCUGGCCGUGAUCGACUACUCCUUACUGCCGCCGCACCUCGUAGCGGUUCGUCAAGCGAACGACGACGACGACGCGGAAGUGAUCGACCUGGAGGAUCACAGCUUGCGGUUCGAUCGCGCCCUCCAACUCACCAAAGCGGACAUCAACAUGAUCCGGACGACGCACGCGGACGAGAUUUUCAGGAAUAGCUUGAAGAACAUUGCGGCGGCUGGAUCUCACGCGGAGGUUUCGAUUGGACUUUCCGGGUUGGAGAGUAACUUGAUCUUGCCGAUGGAGGGGCAGAUUAUGCACAACUCGAUCGUGAAGCACUUGAAGAAGUUUGUGCUGACGCCGCCGAAUACGGCAGCGGACGAGCGGUUGCUGAUCGAUGUGAUUGGGUUGUUGGGGGAUUUGAUUCAGAUUGGGUAUGAGAACGUGUUGGUUUGGAUCGUUACGCUGCUGUUUGAACAGACGAGCAUUUUUAACCAGCUGCUGAAGUCGGAGACGUGCUCAGGGGAGUUGUUCAUGAAGAACGUUGACUUUAUCAAGCUUGUCCUGAUGGAAGCACUUACCAGCGAACAUCCUGAAGUGAGGAGUUUGUUGACCAGUGAGGAAGGCUUUGAGAUCAAGGUCAAAAAGGAGCACAACUUCAACCUGUUUAACAAACUAUUUGAAGUGAUCACCGAUCGGCUUGAUAAAGAUCUGCAAAAGUGCGAUCUUCACCGAAUUCUGUCACUGGUCGGCCUGGUACGAGUCGUCGUUCGUAGUGGCCUGUUCGAGUUUGAGAACAAAUUUCUAAACCACGUGAUAAACAAGCUCUGCUCGUACAUCACCCUGAUCCGCUCGAUCACCCACUCUGGAUCGACAAUUACCAAAAGCUGCCUCAUCGUCAUGUCAACCCUGCUCGAUCGCAUGAAGGAUAUCCACCUCAAGGCGAAACACUUCAAGAUCAUCGCGCUGCAGUGCAGCCACACGCACCCGUUGAUCCGAUCGUGCGCCUGGAACGUCCUGGCCAAAAUCGCCAAAACGCUGUCCGGGGCGCACUCGAUCAUCAAGGAGUGCGCCUAUCUUCCCGGAGGUAUUCACGCCAGCUGCGCCAAAACGCUGCUCGAUCCCGAGGAGGCCGCCCUGGUGAAGGAGUCCGCCACGGGACUGCUGAUCAACCUGCUGUCCCAUCGGGCGGAGAAGAACGGAUCGCUGCACAAGUUUGUGCUGCCGUACGACAAGGGUGGGAAUAGCCAACAGGACGGCGAUCCGCUGCAGACGGUGCUGGGGAUCUUGAAGAAGCAUCGAUUCUUCGAAUAUGCGCUGGAAUCGCUGCAGAACUUUACCACCCAGGAUGAGAUGAGCGUUGGAGAGUUUGCCGGAGUUCAGCUGGUGACUUGUGAUGUCGUGAAGAGUUACGCCAUGAUCUUCAGCUGUUUGGUGGAUCUUAACUCGGAGUUGAUCGAUCUGCUGGUGCAGAAGUGCUGCUUGCAGCAGCUAAUGAAUUGCGUCUCCAAGGUCCCGAUCCUCCCAGGACGAUCAGCCCUGCUAAUGGUCUCCGAGGUGUGCAACCUGCUAGUCCGUUGCGUCACCCUUCGAAGGGACGAAAUCUGCGAGCUUAUAUCACCGUACCACGCCGUAAUCGGCGGAAUAAUCUACCUACUCAACGUUGACUUGUACCGCGGAGUCGGUGAUCCCGUCUUGCGGGAGGUCACCGGCAAAAUCAUGCACCUGCUGAACGCCCUAGCCCUACACAAGGUGGGCAACCAAAUGAUCACGGGCGUCCUCUCGGAGCUGAAGCUGGAACCCGUGGUGAACGUGAUCGUCAAGGGGAUCGCCAAUCACAAGCACAAAGACUACCAAAUCGCCUGCCUUCGCUUCCUAACGGUACUCGUGCUCACCUCCGACAUCAACAUCUCGCCAACCUCGGAGUUCCAGUCGUUCCUGGGACUGCUCGAUACGACCCAACUAACCGCCGUAGACAUCCCAGUGAAACGUAUCUCGGACCCAAAGCCAAACCGCUUCAUCGCGCAACCCUUCGACGAAUUCUCCCCGGACGAGGAUCGGGAAAACCGCGAUCCCAACGGAAGACAACGCGUCGCGACAUCCGGUGAGCUGGAAAUCGCUGCCAAACCGCUCCGAACCGGAAGUGAGCAGAUCUUCGCCACACUAAUCCUUCAAUUCGAACUAAUCUGCGCCCGGGACAAACCGGAGAAUGGCGCCCUCGUGUCAACGCUGCAAAAAAGGACGCUCUUCUCCGCCGUCCAGGUGAUGCUGCGACAGUCCGAGCAAGCGCGUAAAGUCGCACGAUCGCGGAAGUUCCUGGAAGUUCUGCUGGACCGACUCGACGCGUUGUACGCCGGGGUCGGCCUCUCCUACCAGGACUUUGUCAAAAAGAACGGUGACGCCAAAAAGACGCCGAUCGUGGACGAACUCUCGUUCAUCGCCGGCAUCCUCUCCUCCUGGUUCCUCAACGACAUCCUCGUCCACCAGGCCAACAUCAAUCGCAUCUACAAACUGUUCCUCCAGUUUUGGCAGUGGAUCAGCAACAAUCGCGAACUCGAGAACGAGUUCAUGAAGGCCCUGGUCUGCCUCACCGAAAACAGCAUCGUAGUUUGCAAAACGUUCGCCACGACCCCACCCCCCGGACAUCCCCACUCGAUCCUCAAACUUGUAAUCGCGGUGGCCACGGCCGAAACGGGCAAAGUAAAAGGUCCCAAAAGUGAACUGACUCUCCUCACCCUGUGCCUUCGCAUGCUGAUCAAUAGCUGUGCGUGUCAUGAGGGUCGCGUCAUGAUCGCCAAGUACAACGUGCUGGACAAUCUGUGCAAGCUACAUCCGGCCCACACGAAAUUGCAGAAGCCGUGGCUCACGGUGACCAAGCUGUGGCUGGAGUUUUGGGAGGUUUACACGAGGCAUAACGAUGUGACGGAGGUGAAACACCUCACCGUUCUGGGCGCCCUCAUCCGCAAAUCAACCCCGGACCUGCGCCUGCUCGCGCUCGAAAUCAUGCGCAACAUGUCGUACGUUCCCUCGAACCGGCCCGCCCUGCUCUCCUCCCAGGACUACAUGUACGCGCUCAAAUCCGUACUGGACGGCACCGACCCCACCGAACAGCUCAUCGUGGUAAGUUCCGUCUGGAAAAUGGUGGCCAACUCACACAAAGCCAAGGGCGCCAUCAAGUCCAGCCCCUUGCCGCGGAGGUUGAACGCACUGCUACAGCAGCGAUCGCUGCGGGAAAACUGCGAGGACGAUGAUCUCUUUAACGUACUGAACAUUGUGGUCAAGUUGUUGAACUCGUGAACUUUAUUUGUUUCUUCGUUACGUUUCGUAUGAGUUACACAGUUAAUACAGUUUGCUGGAUGAAAAAACGA